AGAAGUCAUACAGUUGCCUUUCCAGCCAACCGAAGCAGGCCAGCCGUGACGUAGGCAGCCUGCUGGAACCAUUGCCUAUUAAAACGCAAUUCUUGCAUUCGAGAAGGGUACUUACUUCAACAUUCCCAGGAACAGCUGCCUUCAGGAAAGUGGUGAUUGGACAAGACGGGGAACAGGAUGAUGUCUGCGCAGACCAUUGCCCUGCUGGGCCUCAGCCUGGGGCUGGCAGUGAGCGCCUUCCCCACGCAGCAGCCCGAGAACGGGAAGAACUGGGUGCUGAUCGUGGCCGGCUCCAACGGCUGGUACAACUACAGACACCAGGCCGACGCCUGCCACGCGUACCAGAUUGUGCAUAAGAACGGGAUUCCUGACGAGCAGAUUGUUGUGAUGAUGUAUGAUGACCUGGCACAGAGUGAAGAUAAUCCCACCCCUGGAGUAGUGAUCAAUCGGCCGAACGGGACGGAUGUGUAUACCGGAGUCCCGAAGGACUACACCGGAGAGGCGGUGACCCCUGAGAACUUCCUGGCGGUGCUGAAGGGCGAUGCAGCGAGUGUCAAAGGGGGUUCUGGGAAAGUGCUGAAGAGCGGCCCUAACGACCACGUGUUUGUGUACUUCACCGACCACGGCGCCCCGGGAAUACUGGCUUUCCCAGAUGAUGAGCUCCAUGUCAAGGACCUCAUGGAUGCCAUCACGUACAUGCACGACAACAAGCUGUACAAAAAGAUGGUGUUUUACAUUGAAGCGUGCGAGUCUGGAUCGAUGAUGAACCACCUACCCACUGACAUUGACGUGUACGCGACCACAGCAGCUAACCCUCACGAGUCCUCGUAUGCCUGUUACUAUGAUGAGAAGAGGGACACCUACCUGGGGGACUGGUACAGUGUCAACUGGAUGGAGGACUCCGAUGUGGAGGACCUAAACAAAGAGAGCCUCCUGAAGCAGUUCAAGAUAGUGAAGAGUCACACCAACACCAGCCACGUCAUGCAGUACGGGAACAAGACCCUGGCCCACAUGAAGGUAAUGGCGUUCCAGGGCGGCUCCAAGGCCAAUGCCAGGCCGGCCCCUCCGAUGACCCUGGCACCCGUCGCCAACCCCGACCUGAUACCCAGCCCUGACGUGCCCCUGGCCAUCCUCAAGAGGAAGCUGAUGGCCACUAACGAUAUCGCCGCUGCCAAGGGCUACCUGAUGGAGAUCAAUGCCCACCUGAAGGUGAGGGAGCUGCUGAGGCAGACCAUGCAGAGGGUGGUGGAGAGGGUGACGGAGGAGCCGGCGAAGGCCCAGCUGAUCCUGAGCGAGCAGCGGGAGCUCACGCAGCACCAGUGCUACAAGGCGGCGGUGCAGCACUACAAGACGCGCUGCUUCAACUGGCACACGCCCGAGUAUGAGUACGCUCUGAGGCAGCUCUAUGCACUGGUGAACCUUUGUGAGGAAGGAUACCCUACAAAGAGGAUCCUGCUUGCCAUGGAUAACGUGUGCUAUUUCAGGGUGUAGACAGACGCUUGUCGGGACAGACUCACGGAGCUGAGAUUGGAUGGGAUUGCCUGGACAAGCUUCCUUUUUUUUGCACUGAUAAGCAAUCGAAUUUUAAGCGAAUGAUUUUCAUCACACUUUUUAUUUUUUUGUUUUCUUUUAUUGAGAUUUUAGGCUUUUUUAGGCGGGUUUUUAUAUCAGUUUCACUAGUUCUUGACUACAGGAUUUUAAUUUGAAUAGAAUAAUCUGCGUGUAGAUUUUUUACCACACAUAUAAAAUGCUGAAUCCACACAGGUCUUAUCAGUAGCUGUGGGGGAACUGUGUCCCUCGGUCUUAAGUGCUGGUGGGUGGACCCAGAUUGCAGGACUGUGCAGUAUAUCUGUUAAGCUUUUGGGUCGCAGCUCACAAAAUACUGCAGCAAAAUACUGCAGAACAGUAAUGAACCCCAUCAGCCCGUGAGACUUCUGUCCAGUGCACUUCAGACAUCAGACGUGUUGGCUGUCUAUUCUAUAUUCCAGAGUGCAGUGCCCCUCUGCAGAUGGGUGACUGUAGCUUCCGUUACUUAACUGAAAGAGUUAGACUUUUAGCCCACUUUUAUAUGGGGGGAAGGACUCUCCUUCGUUGUCUGGGGGGCUGGGGGGGUGGGUGUGAAUGCGUGUGUUCAGUUCACGUCACGUCACGGAAAAGCGAUGUUUACAGUUUUAUUGCGUUGCCUGCGAAGCACUAAUGAGGAAUGUGGAGAAACCCAUCUCUACCUCCCUAACCCCCCACCCCACCCCCCUACACCCCAACCAGGAAGCACGGUCAUCUGUGCUGUUCGGUCAAGGCCCCCAUGGGGAAGAAAACUGGGGUAAUGGAAGACUUUUUUUGUUUCUUUCUUUUGAUUGUUUUGUUCUUUUGACUGCCACAACUUGGAAUGGAAAUGGCAUUGAGGAAUUCAAAAAAAAAGUGAACAAAGAUCAGCAUGGUUCCAUUCGAGGUGAUUACAUCUUUGCAAUAAUAAACUGAAACCAAAUGAAAAUGU